ACAAAGGAGAGAGGAUCACUCACACUGCACAGCUCCUGUCCCAACCAUUCGAGACUUACACCUUCCUAAUGGGAUCGUUUCUGUAUGACUUCUUAACAACUCUGACAAGUAACUGAAUUUCAUAAAGAAACAAAAACAAAAAAAGCUAAACAAAACAAAAAAACAACUAGCAGUACAGCAAGUCAUCAGAACUUUCCCAAAACUUUUUUUUUUGUCUGUUAAAAGUUGGAUCUAUAAAAAAAAAAAUUGGAGAGCACAUCUAUUUAUUUGUACCUGGGACCUUCACCCCUGUAUUCUGCUGGGCAUGUACUGACUGAGCAGCUGCUAUUGGAUACCCCUGUCUUGUCUGAACCCUGGAUUGUGCUGGUUUGAAUAAGAUUGUGGAUUAUUUAUUGGUAUUUAUUUAUUUAUUGUUCCCCUGGACAUGGAGGGGACUACGGUCUGGAGAGGUGCUGCGGGCAAUGGUGCCUUAGGAAAGCAUUCUAAAGACUCCCCCGUUAGGACAGAAGACUGUGUGAAGUGCAGCAGGUUCCCUGCACUCUUGGGAUGUGGGAUUGCUAUGGUAUCUGUAUUUUCUCUGGUUUUUAGCCUCCUAGCACAUUUUAGAACUUCAGAUUUACAAUCCAGGGUUUCUCAUUUAGAGAAGCAGAGAUACACUCAGCUAUCAGCCUUAGUCUCUGCAGACCAAAUGGAGACAGCUAUUUUGGGAAGAGUUGACCAACUGCUGGAAGAGAAAUUGAAAUCCUACAUACCGAGAUUUAGAGAAGUAAGAGACACAUCUGUAAAAUGUCUUUGUCCACCUGGGCCUCCCGGAGCAAGGGGCAAGAGAGGACAUAAUGGGGAAAAAGGACCACCUGUAAGUAACUGGCAUCUCUUCUUGUAA